AUAUUAAUAUAAAUAAAGUUUUUAUAAUUAUAAUUAUAAUUAUCGGUACAAAUUUUAAUUUGGCCGAUCGUUAUCUCUUGCCAUUUGGGUGUGAGCAAACCAAAAAAAGAUUGUUAUCAAAUUGAAAGUUGAAAUUUUUAACUUCAUAACCAUAUCAUCAUAAGCUAUUUGAUUAAGUCAAGGUCUAUAGGAAGACACGUAUCAGGGCGGUAUACAGAAGAUGGAAUGAUGUCGUCGCUUGAGAUGUCUCAAACUAAAAUACGAUUGGACCAACCGGAAAUGGUUGGUGAUGAAGAAGAUAAACCAAAGUUGAAAAAGAGAAAGUACAGUAGAGGAGGUUGUAUUGAAUGUAAAAGAAGGAAGAUGAAGUGUGAUGAAGCUAAACCUUUCUGUCAUAACUGUACGAGAUUGAAGAAGUCAUGCAAUUAUCCUCCCAAGCAACAAUUCAGAUUUGAGUCGAUUUCGAACAACAAUAAUGGGGUUAAAAAUGGUAGUACGACCACUACCAAACCUGGUAUAAACAAUAACAGCUUUGAGUUAAGAACUUAUAAUCCUAAUCCACAAUCAAGAGCUACGAAUCCAACUGAUGGAAGUAACUCAGUGAUAUCUGAUGUAAGAUCCAUGUCACCAGCCAUAACGGUUGGAUUAAAUGAAAGCAAUAUAAGAGGGGACAAACCACUGGUGGUACCUCCUUCUCCUUCCUCCAAAACCAAACAAAAUGGUGUUAGCAGCAAUGCUAAUGCUAUUUCAAACAAUAAAAAGAUGUUUAAAAAUGCUAUAUCUGAUAUAUUAGCCAACGAAUCGAUAUCUACCCCAAUAUCAAUGUCCCCAUUCGAUGAUAAAGAAAUGAAGAAUCUAUUUGAUGAGGCUUCUUUAUUGGUGAAUGAUUUGAAUGGAUUAGUAUCACUUGAUUUCUUUGAAAUGAGUGCUGCUCCUGAUGUUCCAGGUAAGCCAAAUAAAGAUGUUUUACGAACUACUGAUAAGCUUGAAGUUGAAGGUAUUCAAUUAUCGGCCGUGCAUAAUAGAAGUGAAACUAGUUCACGAUCAGAAACGUUUGAAAGGUUAAAUUUCCAAAUUGAUGAAUUCUCCAAUAAGAUAAAGCUCAAUUUAUCCCCUAUAGAUGUCGAUAGUCCCUUGUAUUUCCAAGAAUUUAUGAAAAGUGAACAUGAUUUCUCAAUAUCCAAUAGUGAAUUGAUUUCUCGAACUUUAAAACAUUAUAACCUUGAUGGACCUCAUGAAACUUAUUUGAAUUCAUUAACUCAUACUGACUUAUGCUUUCAUAUGUUCCCCUUUGCCUCAUCUAUAGAGUCAAAUGAAAUAAUCAAGAUUUUAUUAAAAUAUCUGAAUAAUUGUCCAUAUUUGCUAACUUCUUUAUUAGCUAUAUCAGCAACAUUCCAAUUCAAUCAAUCCGAUAAGAGAGUGCACGAAUUAAGUUUUCAAAAAUAUAUAACAGUAUGUUUACAGACUUUAAGUGAUGCUUUCCUUGAUAAAAAUUCAAAAAAAUAUGAAGUUAAUGAUAUUGAAAAAUUACUUUUAACUGUGUUGGUAUUAGCGUCUAAUUUCACGGCGACUACGAACUCGGGGAGAAACAUGUAUAAUAAUUGGAAAACUCAUUUAAGAGGAGCAAAAGAUUUAUUAAUGAAUUAUUUAACUGUUUAUCAACAGAAGAACAAAUUCAAUAUCUCAGGAGGUUUAGCAUUAGCCAAAACUUGGUUUUAUGCUAUUGAGUCAAUAGCUGGUUUAAUUUCACCUUUAGGAGGAACCAUAAACAGUGUGGUUCGAAACAUGAAGAACGAUCAAGAGCAUGUAUUCUCCAAUGAAAAUGAUAAUUUAUUAUAUAGUGAGAUUGCUUACUUUAAUAAAGAGGUUAAUCCUGGAUUUCAUGAUGCUUUGAUAAGAAUAGGAUUAUUAACUAAUCCUCCCGCAGGUUCAAAACUGUGUGAGUUUAACUUAUAUCUUGGAUAUACUAUUAAAUUGGUUGAUAUAAUAGCUGAACUUGUUAAAGUAAUGGAUUUAUUAAGGAGUGAACCUAAUUUGCAGAUUGACUCCACUGAAAUUGCCAAACUCUUUUCGCUAAUUGAUGCUGCCAAGGAUGAAGAAAUCGUUACUGGUUUAAAUAAAAAUAGUUUUUUCAUUAUCCCAGCUUCAAGUCCUGGACACCCGGAAUACUCCAUCCACUCUCCUGAUAAGAUUAUUUUACCCCAAUCUUGUUAUGGUAGCUAUACCAAUCUGAAGGGAGAGAAAAAUUAUUAUUCUUGGUUUGAUUUAAGUCAACGCUUACAUCUUAAUGCGUUAUAUUUACCGCUAUUGACUAAAAAGGGGUUGCUAAACUUACCUACAUCAAGCCCUGUAGUUAGAGAACUUUUUGAUUUCAUAUUGGACUCAGCCUUCUUUAUCAAAUCAAAACUUAACGAUAAAGACGAUUAUGAAAUGGAUAAAUCUAUUAUCGUGGCCGAGACCGAACUGUAUUAUUUAUCCAAACAGACAUUUGACAUUAGAGCCAUUAUGGUUCUAGUUCCGUUCCGAAUCUGUUGCAGAUUUGCCAAGAGUGAUGACGAUUUUGAGAAACUAGAAGUUUACUUUAUUGGGUUAAAGAAAUUAGGUAAUGGAAGUGCUCAAUCGGCGUUAGAUUUAUUGUAUAAGUAUAAAGCCAGAGCCAAGUCCAACGGAUCGGAUACCGUCAUCCACGACGAAAUGGGGAUGAUUCCGUUUGCCUAAGUGUUAUUAUUAUUAUUAUUAUGAUUAUUAUAUCUAUUCAGUUCAUAUUUAUAUAGCGUAAAGUUGCAAAUUUCAUAUUUAGCUAAACG